AUGUUUUCUAAUUUUGUAUUGGUAACAUCUACAUUUGUCUAUCAGUGUUCUUUUGAUGCUCUCACUCAACAUGGCUAUGUGCCAGACUUGGCUGCGCUGAAAUAUUUACUCCAGUCUCAGCAAUCAGUCUACCUAUCCUUCCACAGAAAGACGUCCCAAUUUGCUUGCUACCCGUUCUAUCUCUGUAUUUUUUUUUUACGUUCCCCUUCACCUUUCCAUCCUCCCCUAUUUUACUCAUUUGCCCGACAAAGAUACCUUUAUUUGCAGCCAUCUUUCUUCUGUUUCUUCCUCCCUCACUGGACACCCCAUCCUCUAAUCUCCAGAUUCCAGUCCCAUUUCUUACUGGACCUAAUUGAGCCAGAUUUCGCUUCCUCUUGCCUUCAAUAUCUCUAUCUUAAUUUGCUUCUCUCUCCCUUUUCUUACCAAUUUUGUAACAUCUCUCCUUCCCCUUCUCUAUUUUUACUCCUUUUCAUAAUUUUCUUGCCAACAUUUUGUCUUUUUCUCACGUCUUUUUACCGGACCACUGAUAUUUUUUUCAUUUUCAUACAAACGUUUGUCUGUUUUUGGUUUUCUUUUCUUCUUGUUUUUCCUUACUUUUCCACUUAUUUUUUUUUCCUUUCUUUUCUUUUUUUUCUUUCUCUCUUCCUUUCUUUUUUCUUUCCUUUCGUUUUCCUUCUUUUUACCAUUUAUUUUGUUUCUUACUUUUCUGAUUCGAUCUCCUUCUUUCUAUUCCACUUAUGUUUUCCUUUCUUUAUUUCUUUCUUUUUCUUUACCAUUCGCUUUCCUCAUUUUUUAACAUUUAAUUCCUUUCUUGCUUGCUUUGUUUCUUUUCUGUUUCGAUUCCUUUCUUUCUGUUCCACUUAUGAUCUGCCUUUCUUUCCUUUCUUUCUUUCUUUUUUCCUUUUUUCGUUACACUUCGUUUUCUUUCUUUUUUACCAUCUUCUUUUUUUCUUUCUUUUCUGCUUAGAACCCUUUCUUUCUAUUCCACUUAUUUCCUGCCUUCUUUCUUUCUUUUUUCUUUCUUUCUUUCUUUCUUUCUUUCUUUUCUGCUUCAAUCCCUUUCUUUCUAUUCCACUUAUUUCCUGCCUUUCUUUCUUUUUUCUUUCUUUCUUUCUUUCUUUCUUUCUUUCUUUAUUUUCUGCUUCAAUCCCUUUCUUUCUAUUCUACGUAUUUCUUUCUUUCUUUCUUUCUUUCUUUCUUUCUUUCUUUCUUUUUUUCUUUCUUUCUUUCUUUCUUUCUGCUUCAAUCCCUUUCUUUUUAUUCCACUUAUUUCCUGCCUUUCUUUCUUUUUUCUUUCUUUCUUUCUUUCUUUCUUUCUUUUUUCUUUCUUUCUUUCUUUAUUUUCUGCUUCAAUCCCUUUCUUUCUAUUCUACGUAUUUCUUUUUUUCUUUCUUUCUUUCUUUCUUUCUUUCUUUCUUUCUUUCUUUCUUUCUUUCUUUCUUUCCUUUCUGCUUCAAUCCCUUUCUUUCUAUUCCACUUAUUUCCUGCCUUUCUUUCUUUUUUCUUUCUUUAUUUCUUUCUUUCUUUCUUUAUUUUCUGCUUCAAUCCCUUUCUUUCUAUUCUACGUAUUUCUUUCUUUCUUUCUUUCUUUCUUUCUUUCUUUCUUUUCUUUUCUGCUUCAAUCCCUUUCUUUCUAUUCCACUUAUUUCCUGCCUUUCUUUCUUUCUUUCUUUCUUUCUUUCUUUCUUUCUUUCUUUUCUGCUUCAAUCCCUUUCUUUCUAUUCAACUUACUUCCUGCAUUUCAUUCUUUCUUUUUUCUUUACAUUUUGUUUUACUUCUUUUUUUCGCUACUUAUUUUCUGUCCUUCUGUCUGCCUUUCUUUCUUUUUUCUUUUUUUUUUUGUCUUUACCGCGUCUUCCCUUUCUUUCUUUACCACUCAUUCUCUGUCCGUCUGUCUUUCUUUUCCAAUUACUUUCCAUUUUUUCUUUCUUUUUCGCUUAA